AUGGUUGCCAAUUACACAGGGAUGAAAAGCUUCUUAAUCCUGGGAUUCCCUGGACUUUCUCCACAGUAUUAUGCACCCGUAGCCGCUUUGUUUGUUUUCAUCUAUCUUGUUAUUGCAGCGGGGAACAUCUUCAUCUUAGCAUUUGUAGCCUACGAGAAGUCCCUGCAAAAACCAACGUAUCUGGUCUUUUGUCACCUGGCACUGAAUGACUUAACGUUUGGUACCGUGACUCUGCCAAAAAUCAUAUCAAAAUACCUUUUUGGCGACAGCAUAGUGCCGUUUUAUGGGUGUUUGGUGCAGAUGUUCUUUGUUCAUUAUUUGGGAUCAGCCACGUCUUUCAUCUUGUUGGUAAUGGCUCUCGAUCGAUUUAUUGCAAUAUGUAUUCCCCUGCGUUAUCCUGUUCUUAUCACAAACAACAUCAUUACCGUGCUGUGUGGCUUUGCUUGGUUCAUACCUCUGCCUCUGAUGGUAGCCGUUGUACUGUUUGUGAUCUCUUUAUCGUACUGUAAAUCAAAUCUUAUUGCUCAGUGCUACUGUGACCACAUUUCUAUAACGAGUCAGGCGUGUGGAGAGGAUGUCAGAACCGUUGAACUCACUUCACUCUGUGUGGCCAUGUUUUGCCUGUUGCUUCCUCUUACGUUCAUCUUUUUUUCCUACUUUUCUAUUAUUGUGGUUAUUUUGAAAAUGUCCAACGCUACCGGGCGCAGAAAAACCUUAUCGACUUGUACUCCGCAAAUUUUCAUCACGUGUCUCUUUUACCUACCCAGGUGUUUUGUGUAUGUGGCUUACAAAAUAGGAUUUUCUUUCAGUUUGGAUGUUCGAAUCUUAUUGAUAUUGCUGUACAGUCUCUUUCCUGCUGCUGUUAAUCCACUCAUAUACUGUUUCAAGACUCAGGAUAUCAAGCAGACUUUGAUUAAGAAAAUGAAAAUGACUUGGAUGGGAAUAGAGCUAAACAUUCGAUGA